CAGGAGACGGGAGAGAUCGAGUGAACGGCGGCACAGAUGCGGGGAAAACGCGGAUUACCUCACAUCUCACAUGCCUGACUCGAUCUUUCGCGCUAUUGUGGCCGGAACAAUGAAGGCCGCGCGCGCUGGCCUUAAAAACGCUCGGCGCGCGCGCCCGGAGCGCAAUCUUCGCGGGAGAGUGUGACCGUUAAAGAGAGGACGCCGCGUCUGAUUGAUGGUCUUCACUCUGGUAGGCGGGGCCUCACUGUGUGGUGUGGCGGCCCUCGUGCUCCUCAUCAUCUCCACCGCCACAGACUAUUGGAUGCAGUAUCGCUACUCGGGGAACGCAGCCAAUCAGGGGCUCUGGAGGUUUUGCAUCAAUCGCAGAUGCCACGCCCACACGCUGACCGUUGCAUUCUGGGAUGCCACGCGGGCCUUCAUGCUGCUGUCAGUGCUGAGCUGCUUCACUGGAGUCCUGCUGGGGCUCACAGCGUCCAAAAGAGCCAGAAGCAGAAGAGUGAAGACUGGAAGAAUCACACUGCUACUUUCCGGGUUUCUGGCUCUGCUGGCGUUGUCCAUCUACACAGGAAUGACCAUCAGCUACUUCGGCCGGCGCUACAUCGACUGGCGUUUCUCCUGGUCCUUCAUUCUGGGCUGGAUCUCCGUCAUUCUGGCUCUCGCUGCAGGAGUGCUGCAGGUUUGUGCGUAUCAGAGAAGUGUUUCUGAAGCGACGCCUGUGAGUGUUUCUGACAGCUGAAAAUCCUGCACAUGCACAACACUAAUAAACACUGCUGACUCUCA